GAGUGCCUGGAAGGCGAUGAGGAGGAAGAGCCUCCCAAGAAGAAGGCUCCACAGGUCAAGUCCCGAAAGCCCAGAAAGGCUGAGGCGCUUGUCGCUGAAGGCUUGGACGAAGAGGAAGAACCCCCCAAGAAGGCUCCAAAGGUCAAGUCCCGAAAGUCCAGAAAGGCUGAGGCGAUUGUCGCUGAAGGCUUGGACGAAGAGGAAGAACCCCCCAAGAAGGCUCCGAAGGUCAAGUCCCGAAAGCCCAGAAAGGCUGAGGCGCUUGUCGCUGAAGGCUUGGACGAAGAGGAAGAGCCUCCCAAGGUUCGAAAGGUCAAGUCCCGAAAGUCCAGAAAGGCUGAGGCGAUUGUCGCUGAAAGCUUGGGCAAGAAGGAGUCUCCGAAGAAGGUGCCGAAGCUUAAUCCCCGAAAGUCUAUCAAGGCUGACGGGGUUGUCGCUGACGGUGAGGGCGCGGAGGUGCACGAGCCCCGGUACGUGGACCCGCGCGCCUUGCUGGCGGGCAACCUGACGAGCCGCAGGUACCGGUCGGAGGGCCGGCACCUUCAAGAGGAACGGGACUGGUUUGUGAGCGGUGCUUACGACGGCCCGAUUCCUCUUCGGGACGCUAGCCUAUCGGACGCAAUGGCGGGAACCUACUUUGAUCGGUUCCUUGGCCUCGUCCGCUUUGUGGACGAUUACCAUGAAGGCGAGACCACGUCCACGGUGUGGGAGUACCUGGACUUGGAAAAUGUUGCCCCGUGGCUCAACCACUACGUGGAAAACCCCCGGUUUGUGAAAAAGGUUGGAGGGUAUGUGCCGUAUACGACAGCAUACCUCAACUCCCUGAUCCGGGCGGUCCGCGCAGUGGGGAAGGUCUUUGUGGGCGACCCCCAGAAUGAUUGGGAGGCCCACGAAUGGUUCGAGGGCAUAAGGCGGCUGGCGGAGAAGGAUAUCUUGCUGGCAGAAGAGGAAGAGGAAGGCGAAGACGGAGACGGAGCUUUGCUUUUCCUCCCAAAAGAGGAGAAAGACCUGGACUUUCUUCUGGCCAAGCUCCGCGUGUUCGAAGAGGCCAUGCGCAAGAAGGAAAAGGAUGUGUCUGAGCUUGGCAAACGCUCCGACAAAGUUGCGGGCAAGCAGCGGUAUGAGCUUGCGCGUAUGAAGCAGGCCCACUUGGCCAGUUGCCUUUUGCUCUGGCACAACGGCCGGCUUUCCGACAUCAAGGACGCAGUCUUGAACUGGGAUGUCCGCAAGCUCCGCACCGGGGGCGGCAUCGUGUGGGUCAUGGACCCGGUAGAGUUCAAGACGAAGUGGCGCACCCUGGAGGCCGACCUCCGAGAGGAUCCGGGCAAGUUUCUCCACGAGAAGCUUGGCAAAGCCUUGACGGAGUACUUGAAGCGGCACCGCCCUGUCCUCAUGAAGUCGCUUGGCCCACGGGCCAAGCACAACGUCACCUUCACCGAUGAACUUCACGGCGAAGGGGCGUCAUCUUGCCUAACCCUCUUCCCGGGGUACUGGCCCAAGGAGCAGUCUCGCACUUUCGUCCAACACACCUUCAAUAAGGUGCUUGGAUGCAGCGAGCGGGUUGUGCGGAAGGCUGUCAGCAAGGCCAUCACCCGGCCCUUGCUCCAGGAGUAUGGCGUUGACGACGUUGCCCUGUGGCAGAACCUGCACCACUCCCGCGAAGUCCAUGAGCGAGACUACGCCCGAGGACAACGGAACAAACUCAAUGUCUUGCAGGGCAAGCUGUUCCGCUGGGACUGA